AGCCACAUUCAGUGAGAUGCUCGGCACUGGGAAUGAAUGGGUGCUGUAGAUGCCCCGCCCCAUCCGGGUCCUCUGCCCAAUGAAAACACACGAUGCACCAUAAUGGGACGUCACGCACACUGGCGUCGUGUCGGGAUUGGAAUGUAACAGAGUAACAAUCGGAACAACUGAGCAAUAGGUGAUUGGGCUCGCGGAUCAAGGAACUCCGUUGAUUUUAUUUAAGGAAACAUUCUGUGAAACUCGCUCACUGUCAUCGUGUUUUCGCCGAAAGGGAAACGCCGGUGUCCCCAUGAAGAGGAAAUGUACUUCUUGCGUGUGUGAAGAUCCACAGAGAGCGCAGGAAGAAGAGAAAUGCAGGGAUUCGUAAGGUUACCGUCGUUCCCGUGAACUGCCCCGUCUGUAUUAUUGUUUCGGAGGUGAAUGGAGUUAUUCUGUGAGCGGUGGGCUUUAGUUUAGUCUGGACGUGUGGUUGGGAAACGCCACAGCAUCGGAGAGAAACCUCGGUCGUUGUAUUAUUAACGACUUUUUAUCCAGUGGGACCCGCUGCUCUCCAAAGACGAACUCCAUGAGUCAGUGCCGCCGCAACUCUCCGGUGCGAGUCGGACCGUGCGACGCAUUUAUCUAGCGCGUGUCCUGUCAACAAACGUUGCAUUUUUAUUACUCCGCCGGGGGAAACUAAGUCAGUGAGUAAGCAUACCUGAUUGUGUUUCUAAUGAUCUUAACAGGUACGGUUACUGUUACGGCUGCAUUGUGAGAUGCUGCUACUAGACAGACGAGGGAGAGCGAGGAACCCGAUGUAAAAUCGCCCACAUGCGCUGGAUCAAUCACUUGCUGUUAGGUGAACGGAAUCUGAAGAGGGAAGACGUGAGUUGUAAAUCCUCGCAGGCUGGAAGAUGGCGGAGCAGUACUAUAGCUGGAGGAGGUGGUGUUGAGACAAACUUCCAACCGCUUGAGAUUUAUUUGCAAACACCGCGAUCUGGCCUUCAGGACACAUGCAGGCCAAAAAACGAUAUCUGAUCUCGCUCUUGACUGGCGCCUUUCUAGUUGUGCUCUUUUACUUUGGAGGAGGGGUCCCGGGUCCGGGGGCCACCGGGUCCAGGAGCCGGCAUGGAUAUAAUCGUCCCGAACAGCCGUGGCCACACUUCUCGGAUCCAUUACAACACUUAAGCCCGUGGGACCACUCGGACACAGAGGAAUAUAAUGUGCACAUAUCGCCUAGGCAGAAGAGAGACGUUAGCUCGAGCGUUUACAAGGGCAAAAGGUGCCGCAUGCAAUCAUGCUUCGAUUUCUCCUUGUGUCAGAGGAACGGAUUCAAAGUGUACGUGUACCCGCAGCAGAAGGGCGAGAAGAUCUCGGAAAGUUACCAGAACAUUUUAUCCACCGUCGAGGGCUCUAGGUUUUACACUUCUGACCCUGGUCAAGCGUGUCUGUUCGUCCUGAGCUUGGACACUCUUGACCGAGACCAGUUAUCGCCGCAGUACGUGCAUAAUCUCAAAACCAAGGUGCAGAGCUUGCCUCUGUGGAACAAUGGUAGAAACCAUCUCAUAUUUAAUUUGUAUUCGGGCACAUGGCCUGACUACACGGAAGACUUGGGCUUUGACAUCGGUCAGGCCAUGCUGGCCAAAGCGAGCAUCAGCACGGAGAACUUCAGACCCAACUUUGACGUAUCCAUCCCCUUGUUCUCCAAGGAGCACCCAAGGACCGGUGGGGACAGGGGCUACUUGAAAUACAACACCAUUCCACCUUUUAGAAAGUAUAUGUUGGUAUUUAAGGGGAAACGCUAUUUGACCGGCAUCGGCUCGGACGCGAGGAAUGCCUUAUAUCACGUUCAUAACGCGGAGGAUGUAGUUCUCCUCACCACCUGCAAACACGGCAAAGACUGGCAGAAACACAAGGACGCGCGAUGUGACAAGGACAACGCCGAGUAUGAGAAGUAUGACUAUCGUGAAAUGCUGCAUAAUUCCACCUUCUGCCUGGUUCCGCGAGGACGACGACUGGGAUCCUUUCGCUUCCUGGAGGCUCUGCAGGCGGCCUGUGUGCCAGUCAUGCUGAGUAACGGUUGGGAACUCCCCUUCUCAGAGGUCAUCGACUGGAACACGGCUGCUGUGAUCGGGGACGAGAGGCUCCUGCUGCAGCUGAUUGGCACAAUGAGGACUUCUCCAAAUGACAACUUCAUAGUUCUCGUGGUUGGGGAAUUUAGCUGGAAUUGAUUACGAUUUACACGGGCUGUAAUGCAGGCUGUUUAUUUGUUUGUUUACUUGUUUGUGUAGAUCAUACAGGACCGAGUGCUUCAGCAGACCUCCAGGAGCAAUCUGAUGUGGAACAGUCAUCCCGGUGGACUUUUUACACUGCCCCAGUACUCAUCCUUCCUGGGCGACUUUCCUUUCUUCUACUCCAAACUUGGGAUCAAGCCGAAUCCCAGGUUCACUGCUGUUAUCCAUGCAGUCACACCCCUGGUUUCUCAGUCUCAGCCUAUUCUCAAGCUCCUCGUCUCAGUGGCAAGGUCCCAGUACUGUGCUCAGAUUAUUGUAUUGUGGAAUUGUGACAAGCCUUUACCUGCCAAGCAUCGAUGGCCGGCCACCUCAGUGCCCAUUAUUGUAAUUGAAGGAGAGAACAAGGUCAUGAGCAGUCGGUUUCAGCCCUAUGACAGUAUCAUCAGCGAUGCAGUGUUAAGUCUGGAUGAGGACACUGUGUUGUCAACCACUGAGGUGGACUUUGCCUUCACGGUAUGGCAGAGUUUCCCUGAGAGAAUCGUGGGAUAUCCUGCCCGCAGUCAUUUCUGGGACAAUAAUAAGGAGCGCUGGGGUUACACAUCCAAAUGGACCAAUGACUAUUCCAUGGUUCUCACCGGAGCUGCCAUUUACCACAGAUAUUACCACUUCCUGUAUACCAACUUCCUGCCAAGUAGCCUGAAGAGCAUGGUGGACCAGCUGGCCAACUGUGAGGACAUCCUCAUGAACUUCCUAGUGUCUGCUGUCACCAAGCUGCCGCCCAUCAAGGUCACACAAAAAAAGCAGUACAAGGAGACCAUGAUGGGUCAGUCAUCUCGAGCCUCGCGUUGGGCGGACCCGGACCACUUUGCCCAGCGUCAGACCUGCAUGAACAAGUUCGCCAGCUGGUUUGGCGGCAUGCCACUGGUCCACUCCCAAAUGAGACUGGACCCCAUUCUGUUUAAGGACCAGGUCUCCAUCCUCCGUAAGAAAUACAGGGAGAUCGAGCGGCUCUGACCAGACUGGCGCCCCUUGACGGACAUUUAACAGGGGGCCGCAAUAGACUCACCAGAGCUGAGGAGGACCAUAGUGGUUCAGUUUUCCCUUCAGCACACAAGCAAAGGACAAAGACAGCAGGAUGUGACGGCCUCUGUGGACCUUCAGACACACGUGACACACUUUUUAACUCUUCGGAAGAUUUAGUUUUGUUUCAAGGUUGGUAACAAAUGCCACAGAAAAACUCAUCUUUCCCAGCACAUGAGCGAGGAGUUGGACGACAGGAGGGACGCAUCAUCGUGUUAGCACUUCUUCACCCCGCCACAUCGAGAUCCAUCCAUCCAUCCAUCCAUCCAUCCUCCUGCAUCGGAUGUCAGCAUCACUUUCUCUGAAUCAGUUCUUUCCAAGGUCUUGAGCCAUGAUUGUGUACGAUUGAGCCCAUGCUUUUAUUUCCAAGUUUGAGGUGUUAAGGUUUUUUUCCUUUUCAAAAGACUUCAUAAUCAUUUCGUUUCAGUGGAAGUGAUUCAAGGCUAUGAUGUAGACAGUGAAGGUGAAAAGUUCACAGACACAGAAAUAUUGCAGUGUGCAAAAAAGGGCCUUAACAUUACAUUCAAAACGGUGGUCCCUCUUAUUAGUGGCAUAAAAACCAUUUAUACACCCUGCAGUAUUUUAUUUCUUAUUUUCAAAAAUGGUGCCAAGACUAAUGAGUUGCCUUAAGUGGCUUGUCAAACCCUCCCUACCUAAUUAAUUCAUGCAAAUCCACCUUAAAGUGUAUUUAAAAAACUGUACUAGAAAUCCCUAAAUCCUCACGUUAUUAAACAGCCCGACUUCGGAAAAAAAAAUUUGUCAAGAGAAAAAUUAGCAUGGAAACAAAGGCCGAGCUUACAGUGCAGUAACACCAUCUGUUUAGGUGAGAAAACUUUCAUAGACAUCAGCACAUGACAGGUUGCAUUGUAAGGACUUAUGGCUGUAAUUUAAGUGAGACGUCUCUCACCUCCUCUAUCUUCCCUGUCCCUGUGAAAAAUGAGCUGUCCGUCAAAGUUCAAUGAACACUGCCUCAAUUCUCCCCUUCGGCCUCCUAUUUUAAAUGUGACUCCUUCGCAUAUAAAACUCACUCAGCCAUAAAUGGACACCUGGCAAAUUUAUGUCCCCUAGAAAGUGGCAAGUAUGCUUCUAUUCCAUCAAAAUGUACAUCCAUUCUUGUUGAUUUCAUAUCAAGGGAACGGCUCUCAAGACUUUGGGUGUUGUUUCACUGUUUUCCAGAGUUAGAGUGGAGCAUGUUGUCAGUCUCCGCUCACAGGUACUUGAAUGUCUGAUGACUUGAAGGAGUGCCGUGCUUUAGUGGCCUUUUGUGAAGGUGACUGGACUUAAAAUGUGCCAGCUGUGAGCCAAAGCCUUUUUUUUUCCUUUUCAUGUUUUCUGCACAUAAUGCAUCAGAAUGCGGUUGAUGCUGUGACAUGAUGUACACUGCAUAUUUUUUUAUCCCCCAUCAUGGUCAGCCCACGCUGAAAUUUAAAUGCAUACCUGACACUGAAUGUUUAGGAACCUGAGUUUCAGACUUCAAUUGUUGUGCAUUGUAUUUUAAUAAGCUAUUUGACAUUGAAUCAUGAGUUAAAGGCCUGAGAAAUUUGCAGUAAUGCUCCUGUGUUUCAUUAACAUUAUCCGAAUGAACUGGCCUGAAUGAAAUUUUAAAAUGUCCAUCUUGACAUUAACGUUUAGGUGCUUGCUUGAAUCUUGUUAUACAAGUAUGUGAAUUAAUUUCAAAGUCCCUGAAAGCUUCAACUAUAAUUGCCCUCUUAACAGUUGCAUAAAAUGUUCAUUAGUUAAUUAGUUGACUUUGUCAUCCUUUUCUGACUUUUUUUUUAAGAAACGGCACACAUCUGGUUAAGUUUUAAGUUCAGCAAAUCAUCUAGUU